UGAGUUUAGUAUGUAUGUAUGUGAGAGUGAACCAGUAGUUGAUUAACAUAAAUGGAACAAUACUAAUUAUAACAAUGAGAAUUUUUUUUUAAAAAAAAAUAUAUCUAGAAUAGAGUAGAAUAGGGAGAACAAAACAAGAAACAUUGAUCCAUUAUUAUACACAAGAAAAGGAAAAUUGUUAACAUACACAAAAAUUACAACAAUUCUUCUUCUUUUCUUUUCCAAUUAUAGAAUAAAGAGUAUGUAUUAACUUAACUAGAAAACAUCAAGUUGGUGAAACAAAUGAAAUCAAAUAAAUAGUUUGAUGUGUAAUGAUGAUAACAUUAUCAAUGAAAAUUGGAUCAUUAUUGAUUUUUUAAAAUUCGUUUUAAUGUCAAAUCGAUGCAACAGUACCAACAACACAUUUGAUAAAAUCCAUAUUCAAUUUUUGAUUGGAAAGAAAGAAAAAAAAAUUAUAUUGAUUUGAUUUUAUCAAUUUACAUUUACUUAUCCAUAGUUGUUUUCUUUUCUAAUAUCGUUUCUCGUCUAAUGAUUACCUAUUACUAUUUACUAAUAGUAUUACAUUUAAAGUAAAUCUAAGUAACAACAUGUGUAUGUGUUUUCAUUUGAUUAUGCACAACAUUAAAUAAAUUCCUGUAAAGUAAUUAAUCACUGCUUCUAAAGUAAAAAGGAAACAAAAAGAAAAACAAAAUGACAAAUUCAGAAAUUUCUUCAAUUUGCUUUAAACAAGAAUCUAUUAAUGAUAAUUCACCAACAACUUCAUCAUCAAUUUCAACUAUCCCACAAUUUUAUUCAGAUAAUCAUCAUCAUCAUUAUAAUAUUCAUCAUUUAAACUCAGAUACUACUUAUAUAAAUGAACAAGAAUUGAAUUUCAAUAAUUUUGUAUAUACAACAACACCACCACCACCACCAACAACAACAACAACAACAAAUAAUCCAAUGUCAUUAUCAGUAAAUAAUAAAAUUAAUUCAAUGUUAUCAAUAUCUAAUAAUUUAUUAAGUAAAACAUUACAUAAUCCUUUUAUUCAUUUCAAUUUAACUAAUCCAUUCAAUAAUAAUGAUCAUCAUCAUCACCAUGAUCAUGAUGAUCAUGAUCGGGAUCAUCAAUUAAUUGAUGAAAUGGAUAAUUCAGAAUUUAUACAUUCUAUACAACAAAAUCAACAAAAUGAACGAAUACAAAAUGAAAUGAAUUAUUCAACAUUGACACCAACAUCAUCAUCAUCAUCAUCAUCAGCGGAGACAGCAGCAUCUGCAUCAUCAUUAACUGAAUGUUUAAAAAUAAAACCUAUGAAUAAUAUACCAUUUUCAACCGUCAAUGUUAUAUUAAAUAAAGAUACAAUUGAACAACAGUUCAGUGUUCAAAAAUUAGGUAAUACUCGUAAUGAUAAUAAUAAUAAUAAUGAUAAUGAUAAUAAUUUAAAGAACAGUCUAAUUAACUUGCCAUCAUCAUCAUCAUCAUUGUUCACAUCAACACAUGCAUCAAAAUCUUCUACUUCCAAGUUUUCACAUCAUCACCAAAAUCCGAGAACAACAAUGACCAUGGGAAUAGGUACACCAACUGCUACUACUACGACUACCACUACCACUACAAACACGACAAGAACUUCAAAUACAAUAAAUCGUUCAAUUUGUAGUCAAGACUAUAAAGAAUAUGGAAAUUCAUUACGUUCAACUGUACAAAAUCGAUUAAACAAUCAUUCACAUCCACAUCAUCAUCAUCACCAUCAUGUUCAUCAUUAUAGAACAGCAUCUAUUUGUUCAAGAGCGUCAUAUAUGUGUCGUAAGUGUAAAACACAUGGACAUAAUAUUCCAGUUAAACGACAUAAACGUACAUGUCCAUAUACAAAUUGUAAAUGUAUUAAAUGUCAUCUUGUUGAUCAAGGUAGAAAAGUUGUCGCUAAACAAAUAGCUCUUUAUCGUGAUCAAACUGGUAAUUCACAUCAACGUGAUACACAUGAACAACAAGCGAGUUUGAAUCGUGUACAAACAUCCGCUAAUAUUCAUUGGUUACAGACAUCUACAGAAACAGUAUCAUCAUCACCUUCAUCGUCAAUGAAAAAAAUACCUACCACGACUACAGCUGCCUUACCUAUUGCAACUACCAAUCUCGGACGGAAUGGAAUUGAUGAGGCAAAAAUGAAUAAAAAUGCAACUACAACACGUAACACUACUCGUUUAUCUGAUACUACAGGAAUACAUGAUCCUAGUUUUUGUGAUGAAAGAAUCAAUUCAACAUUAGUUCAGUUAUCAACUCAUUCUAAUUCAUUACGAUCAAUGGUAACCAUGAUGGACGAUAAACAAACAAUUACAUCUGGUCCACAUUGUCGACGAUGUCGUAAUCAUUCAAUAGCUGUUACUUGGAAAGGACAUAAGAAAACUUGUCCAUUUAGAAAUUGCCCAUGUGAUCCAUGUCGAUUGAUUAACGUGAGAAAAGAUACAGAAAAAACACUUAGGGAAAUGGUAAGUCAUAAUGAAUUAAAACCUUUCACUAAUGUUUUCAAAGAAAAUCGUAACAAUUAUUCAACUCCUAAAUUACAAUCAAUUGUACAAAGUAAUUCAACAUUGAAUGAUACAAAUAUUCAAGCAGAAUAUCCAUAUAAGCCAUCAAUUAACCCAUAUAAUAAUAAUAAUAACAAUAAGAUUAAUGUAAAUCAUCCCAAUGGAAAUGAAAAAAUCGAAGAGAAUUUAAUCAAUCAACAAAUAAAUGAAAGUUUAUUAUUAUUAUCAAGACCACCGAAAUCAUCACCAUGUUUAACACAAUUAUUACAUAAUAAUCUUAGCAACAACGAUAACACUGAUAAUACUACUACUACUACUAAUAAUAAUAAUAAUAAUGAUCCAUUCGUGAAUACAACUAGUUCUCAAUUAAAUCUUAAAUUAAAUUCUCGAUCAAAUUCAAUUGAUUCAAUUUUAUCAAAAAAUAGUUCAGAGAAUUAUUUAAAUGAAUCUUUAUUACCUCCAUUAUCAUAUCAAUUAGUAACAACACUUUCUAAUAUGAAUUAUUUAAAAGAACAAACUAAUUCAAUUCAAUCAAUAAGACAAUUAAAAAAUUCUAAUCAUUUAACUAUACAUGAAAUAAAUCAUUUAUCAUCAUCAUCAUCAUCAGAUUGGUGGUUACAAUCAACUAAUUUAUUACAUAAUAUACCAACUACAUUAACAUCAGUAUUAUCACCAACUACAUUAUCAAUGAAUAUAAAUUAUCCUAUAGAGAAUACAUUAACUACAAUGAAUUCAAUUGAUUGUAUACAAUAUGAUACAUGUUUAGGAUAUAUUCAUCAAAAAGGUAAUGAUAAUAAUAAUAAUAAUAUUAACGAUAGUACAGAAUUUGAUUCUGUAAUUACAACAGAUUUAUCACAAUUGAACUCAAUAGAAGAUUAUUAUGAGUUACCAAAUGUAAAAAAUAAUUUAACCAAUGAUACCAAUGUUAAUUUUAAUUAUAAUGAUAAUUAUAAUAAAAAUUAUUAUUAUGAUAAUGGUGAUUAUUUUGGUCCUAAUAUUGAUUUUAGAAAUACAUCACCUUAUUUAUGUCGAAUAAAUCGAUCUCAAGCAUAUAAUACCACAACGAAUAACUUGAAUAGUAAUAUAAACAUACAUAAUAAUAAUAAUAAUAAUAAUAACAGUUGCGCUAAUCAUAGUAAUAAUCCUAUGAAUAAUAAAUUUGGCUCAUAUUUCACAUCACAAUUACCUAAUGAAACUGCUUUCUAUUGUCCUGAACGCGUUUCAGCCGUAGCAGCAGCAGCUGCAGCCGCUGCGGCUAUGGUUGCAAUGACACCAGCUAUCAAUAAUUCACCGAGGCGAUGUUCACAUCAUCAUUACCAUCAUCAUCAUUGUCAUGCACACACACAUUGUCAUAUUAAUCAAAAUUUUAGAGAAGAUAUUCAACAACGAUAUGGACAAGGUAAUAUAGAUGAUGAAUAUGAUGAUGAAGAUGAUGAUUUGGUUGAUAAUGACGAUUUACUGAAUGAAGCAAAUACUAUUGAUGCUAAACGUCAUCAUCAUUAUCACCAUAUGUAUAAUCAAUCCGCCUCAAUUCAGCAUCAACAACAUCAUAAACCUUACGAAACAUUAGAUCCUGAGUUAUAUUCAAAUUUAGGACAAAACAGAACAGUCAGGGAAGGAUUUCCUUUGAUUGAUGGUGAGAUUCAUGUGCCAUCAAUGGAUAAAACAUGCGUAAUAACUGGAAAUUCACUACCAUAUAUUGAUGAGUUUCCAGGUUUACCGGUAGAACACUAUUCAAGGUUUAACAAAUCACCAAGAGAUUGGAUAAAUAAAGAAACAGAUGAUAUUGGAAUACCUCAUGAAGAAUUGACAACACUAAUACGACAUACUGGUAAUAAUAGCAGAAAACAUGAGUUACCACUAACCACAACAUUCCAACCAGUUUCUUCUACUAAUUAUAUGCCCUUAGCAUUUAAUCAACUUACUGUAGACAAGUUUCAUGAUCCAAACUUAACCACAGUUUCAUCAGCUCCAUCAUUUAUGCCUCUUGAAAUAAAUAGUAGUUUACCAAUUUCUUUUCCACGCCUUCCUACCAAUAUACCCUCAUCACGAACUCUGGAUUAUUCAAAUCCAAUAUGGAGAAAUCACUCUAAUCUUAAAAUGAAUCAUCUAUUGUCUGACAUGCACACACAAAUCAAUAUAUCUGAUAAUACUCAUGUUAGUGAUGAUGAUAUUGAUGAUGAGGAUAAUGAUAAACAGACCAACUCAAGAGUCUCACUAAAUCAUUUAAUGAAUAAUUCAAAACUGCAAUACUCAAGACACAUUAUCAAUCAGUCUGAACAUGGUAGUGAUGUGAAUUUGUCAGCUUGGUCUUUGCUACAGUUUAGUAAUGAUGAAAAUCAAGAAAUUAUCGAUAAUAAUAAUAAUAACAGUAAUAAUAACAAUUCCAAUAUAGUGUUGAGCAGUGGAAAUGUUGAAUCAACCAAUAGAAUUAGAGAUGAAAAUGCAAUAUUGAACCGAUGAUUUAACUUUUUAAGUGUAAGUCAAAUGAUUUACUUUUACAAUAUUCCUUUUAUAAGUUUUCCUGGUUCUUUUCUAAUUUACGGUCAUAGGGAAUCUUUAGCUGAACAAUUCAGUGUCAUAUAUAAAUUUGUGCUUUAUUAAUCAUUUGGAUUAUCUAGUUGUGUAAAUAUCUAAAUAUUGAAUAAACAAACAAAUCAAUCAUAGUAUUAUUCAGUCAACUACAUUAUUAAUAGUUAAAUUCAUAGCUUUGAAGGAAUGCUGACUUAAUACAACAGAAUCAGAAUCAAUUUUUAUCGUUCCUUAUUUGAUUUGGAUAACUCCUGUGACUUUGAACUAUAAAAU